GCAAAUUGCGGACACCCAAUGUAAAUAAACACUUAAGUACAGUACGAGUCCGCACAUCUGCAGAUACCGUAUUGCACGCACGGUGACUAGAAAAAUACCAAUUACGAAGAGAAAACAUGGGCCCACAACCUUUUUUUGUAAACCUUACGAUAAAAUGUUCCAAUGUUCCCGUUGUUAUUAACACUGGAAAGCUUUUAAUUGGCUUUAUGCACUUUAUUUCACUCGCAAAAUUGGACUCUUGUGACUUGGUCAUUUAAAAAUCUGGUGAACGAAGCGCGAGCUGACACAGGAUGCCAAGUAUUUUGAAUUAGGCAUUUCAGUCAAUUUUUGCGUUCAUUGUUCCUUGUUUACUGGGAAUGAUCUCUCAUGUCAUGCACACGCUUUCUGUUUUUCUGCUGGGUAAUGCUAAUCGAUUCAGACUAACCCAGAGAAUGUUACCUUACCAAAUCCGCUGUUUAAUUGCGCGUUUGUGAGCCGUUUUUAUCUGGGCAUUAAGAUUAAACUGCCCCAAUGACCUCAUCGAUCCAGCGCUCCCUGUGGGCGUUGGGCGACUUUCUGAGCUCCAAGAACCGCCUGAUGCACAGCACCCCGCCCACCCCCACCGGCAUCGCCCUGCUGACCCUGGACUAUGAACGCGAGACCGAUCCGGAAUUUGAGAUCAUCCGCGAGAAACUCAACAAGGUGACGCAGCGCAGUCGCCGGGUCCGCCACAUCCUCCUGUGGGACCGUUUGCACAACAUCCUCGACUCGCCGUUCCACCACACCAUGCAGAUCAUGCAAAAGCACAAUGUCCAAGCCUUGUGCUUACUCCUAAAGUACACCGAGGAAACGACCACCCUGCGCACGUUACGGAAGCUGGUCGGAUGUUUCUGGUCCCGCAACAUGGUCUCCAUUGAGGACCAGUGUUUUCCGCCGCUUCCGCUCUGCGUGGUCGUCUACGUCCGGGACGAGAAACACCUCCAGGCGCAGAUCAGUAAAUCCAUGUUAAAGAAACUGAUUUUACUGGAGAUUGCGCCGGUACUCCCGGCGGUGUUCGCCUCCGUGCCUAAAGAGAUGCAUUUCAUCAAAAUCAAGUUUGUAUGUAAACGGAAAGAGUACGACCUGAUUGCCGAUGAAUCCGCGGAGUGGCUGGCGCAAGUGGCCAAACGCUACGUUAAGUACUGCGAGGAACGGAAUAUCUGGGCGACCAUCUCGUGGGACAAGGUUCUCCAGCGGGAACGCGGCCAGAUGUGGAAGAACCUCGCAAAGUCCUUCGCGCUGGCCCCCAACCGCCUGCACCGUUUCAAACUGAAAAGGUCACAAUCCGAACCGGCUAUUGCACCGCGGCGGAAACCCUUCAUCAGCGAUGAAAUCUCGGCGAGUUUCGAUGAGGAAGCGGCCGCUAUCGCCGUGCAGUUGAAGCACUACCAGCGCCCCCAGGGAAUCUGGGCGCAUAAACAUCCGCGGGCCGAAUACCUGCAUAAGAUCUUUUUGGAACUGAAUCAUCUGCGGGAAGCGGCGCGGAUUAAACUGAUCCAUCGACGACAGUAUUUCCAGCGGAGUGGGAUGCACCGCGGUUUCACCAGUCCGAUGGAGCGGUUCUACACGCGGUUCCAGUGGAUUAAGAGCCAUUCGCGGGAUAAGACGGACCAGCUGAUUAUCUACUUUCACUAUGGGACCGUGAUACAGUUUAAUAUUGCCCGCAUGAAGCAGCCGCUGACGCCGAGUGAUAUACAGAUUCUGCGGCAUCAUCUCUUGGCGCACAGUGAAGCCAAGAAACACCGGAAUUCGCGGAUGCUUUUGAAGCAUAGCGAACGGGAUGGGAAAAAAGUGCAAACGAAGGAGACGUAAUUCUGGAAAUUAUUUUCUUAGCUUACAGUUAUUUUGUAAUUGAUUGUGUUGUGCAGGUUUGCGUACUGAGCUUUAUUUGCAUAUUCUUUCGAAAACUGGUAUUCCUGAAAGAUGACCUUAUGGUUCUGCCAAUUCUGUAUGCGUCAAAAUGCCUUUUUAUAUAUUAUUGUAGUUUGGAACAAAAUGAAAACAAAUUCCUGA